AUGGCUUAUACCUCCCCGCUCGCGAAUCCACAGACGUUCAUCGCCAAGGUUAACGCCCUUUCCAACGAAGGGAUUACCAUCGACAAGGGCGUUGCUCGUGCCAAACGGGAUGCUGCAGACUUCGCCAGCAAAUACGCCGCGAACUUCCAACUUGUUGUAGAGCUUCAGGCUAGCGCAGAUAAAUUCAGCGCAAGCUGGGUCAGUGCUUUGCAGCAAACCCGAAAUGCUGCUUCUUCUGUCUCCGCUUGGCUACAACGAUUUGUCGACGUCUUCCUCUCGAUGUUAGACUUGGUCACGCAGGAGAGUGACAUAAACGAUGUCAUUAUAGAAUUCAACAACUUCCUGGCCGAAGCCCACCCCUCGAGCAAAUAUCAAUUGGAUAAUAUGCCGGGUGUGAAGACCGCAUUUAGUGAGAUCGAGGCCCUCGUGCCGGGCGAAAUCCACCAUGUGAUCGACGCCCUCGCGAAAGCCAAGGCUGACGAUUGGAGUAAGAUCGUCGAGGACCUGAAGAAAGAGCUUGCUCCCGUGAAAGUUGGGACUGGGAACCUCCGAACUGCUCUGGAUUCGUACGCGACGAAGCUCGACUGA